AUGCAUAUGGCUAACUUAGCUAGGCUUAAUGGUGAAGUUCACUUAUACGUUGUCCAUGUAGUUUCUGAUCCCGAAGUCAUUCAUAUGCUUGAAGACAUUACUAAUGAUGAAGGAGAAGUUGAAGUUAAUGGUACAGUACAAAAAGAGGUUGAAGAAGAUGGUGAUUCUGUUAAAGGAAAUGGUGAAGGUGAUGGUGACUUACAAGAGGUCAAUGUUUGUGAAGAAGAUGGUGACGGUGUUGAAGUAAAUGGUGUAGUUGAUGGUGACUUACAAGAGGUCAAUGUUUGUGAAGAAGAUGGUGACGGUGUUGAAGUAAAUGAUGUAGUUGAUGGUGACUUACAAGAGGUGAACGAGGGUGAAGAAGAUGGUGGUGCUGUUGAAGUAGAGGUUGAAGGUCAUGGUCACGUACAAGAGUUGCAUGAGGUUGAAGAAGAGCAAGAGUUGAAUGUGUGUGAAGGAGUCGUGGAGGAUGAAGUUUAUCUUUGUAGUUGGAGUACAUCUACUGAAGAAGGUGAUGUACAUGGAAUUAAUGAGUGCUUAGAGGGCCUAGUAGAUGUGAGUGUUGAAUGUGAUAUAGAUGAUGAUGUAGAUUGUAAUGUCGAAGUAGAAGUAGAAGUACAAGUAGAAAGUCUUUAUGAUAGUGAUGAUGACCGUGAUAAUGUCAGUGUUGAAUGUGAUGGUCAUGACGAUAGAGGAUUGUCAGAUUUUGAGUGGAAAUCUGAGGAAUUUUUUAGUGCAACAGAUAGUGAUGAAGAGGUUAAUGACAGUGAAGGUUAUGGGAGGUUUGGUAUUUUUUGUAUGCCAAAAAGUAUGGUAGACUUUACAUGGGAAGUUGGGACUUUUUUUGCAGAAAAGCAAGAUAUUUUAGAUGCUGUAAAAGGGUAUGCCUUGGAAAAUGGGAGGAAUAUAAAGUUUGUAAAAAAUGACAAGAGAAGAUUGAGGAUGAAGUGCUUUGGUGCAAAAGGAGAAUGCCCAUGGACCAUAUACUUUGGUUAUAUGGAGGCUGUAAAAUCAUGGCAGCUGAGAACUAAAAAAGACAUUCAUACAUGCAGCAGGGAGUUCAACCUGAAGUUAGUUGACGCCAAGUGGUUGAGCAAAAAGUUGGUGAAAACAGUUCAGGAAAAUCCUAAGAUGAAGGGUGUUGAUAUUCGUGAAAAAGUUCAAAGGAAGUGGAACAUAGGUAUAUCAAGGUCUAUGGCUUAUAGAGCCAAAGCUAUUGCUUCUAAUGAAAUUGAUGGGUCCUUUAAUGAACAAUAUAAGAGGAUAUAUGAUUAUGCGCAUGAGUUGUUGGAAAGAAAUCCAGGAUCUACAGUUAAGGUCCAUGUUGAGAAUAAUGAGGGUGAGUUAAUUUUCAAGAGAUUUUACUGUUGUCUGAAGGCAUGCAAAGACAGUUUUGUCUGCUGUAGGCCAAUAAUUGGAUUAGAUGGAGCCUUUUUGAAAGGGAAGUAUGGUGGUGAGCUGUUGACGGCUGUUGGGAGGGAUGGAAAUGAUCAAAUGUUGCCCAUUGCAUAUGCGGUGGUAGAAGUCGAAAACAAAGAUUCAUGGAUGUGGUUUUUGGAACUUUUGAUUGAUGAUCUUGGUGGUGGAGAAGUGUGUUCUUCAAUUACUUUUGUCUCCGACCAACAAAAGGGUCUACUACCAGCCAUACAACAGUUACUCCCAGGUGUUGACCAGAGAUUUUGUGUCAGACACUUAUAUUCAAACUUUAGGAAAAAGUUUCCUGGUAAAAAUCUGAAACAGCUGAUGUGGAGGGCAGCUACUGCCACUCAUCCACAAAACUGGGAAAGGGAGAUGAGAAACAUUAAAGAUAUAAAUGAAGACGCAUUCAAGCAUUUGAUUGCCAUCCCUCCAAGAUAUUGGUCAAGGUCCAGAUUCAGUCCAACACCAAAAUGUGACACAUUGGUCAACAAUAUCAGUGAGGCUUUCAACAGUGUCUUGGUUCACACCAGGACUAAACCAAUCAUAACAAUGCUGGAAGAAAUUAGGGUAUACAUAAUGCAAAGAUGGGCAAAAAACAGGUCUAAGAUACAAUCAUUUUCAGGACCAAUUUGUCCAAAGAUCCAGGCCAGAUUUACAAAGGAAUCCCAAGCAACCAAGAAUUGGAUACCUAGGAGAUGGAGCAUCACAGGAAUUCCAUGUUGUCACUCCCUUGCCGCAAUGAAGUUUCUUAAUAUUGAUGGCCAGCAGUUCAUUCCGGCUUGCUUUCUAAAGUCCACCUAUGAAGAAACCUAUGCAUCAAUCGUAUAUCCCAUCAACGGCAACAACAUGUGGGACCUAACACCAUAUUCGGAUGUCAUGCCUCCUAGGAAAAAGGUUAUGCCUGGAAGACCUAAAAGGAAAAGAAGACUGGAGCAGUGGGAGAUCAGAAAGGAUGAUUCACGAGUGAGCAAGGGUGGUUUGCGGAAGAGAUGCGGGAUAUGUAGGGAGGUUGGGCACAACAGGAGUCGUUGCCCGAAAGCAACCGAAGAACCAAUCAUGCCAUCAUCGCAAUUAUCUGAAGUGUGUAUGAAUGAUGAGGAAGCUGAACUAUAGAUGUGUGUAAUAGUCUAAGGAACUUUGGUUAUGUAAUAGUCUAAGGAACAAGGUUAAUUGUUUUACUGCUAUGUAAUUUAAUGAAUGACAAUGAUGCCAACUAUGUAUGGUUUUGGAUGUAUUACAAUGAGCAGGAACUAUUUUGUCAAUGA